AUGGCAGAAUCGUGUACUGUUUCGAAUUCUGGGAAUAAGCGCAGUCUCCCAGCAUGGAUGUUGAAAGCAACCUCAGGUAAUCAAGUGGCAAAGACCGAAGAUCAGAAUAAGCAGGCACUGGAAUCUGAUGAGCAAAUUGGGGCUCUUAAUCAGAGCAAGCCCAUCAAAAGGAACAACAGAAGGCCGUUAAAAAGCUUGGAUUCAGAGGCUGCUGGUGAACUGGGAGCUUUGCGGCGAUGUGAGGGUAGAGAAAAGGCCAGAAGAAAGAGCAAGGAUGCUGUCAAAGAUGAAGUUGAAGAAAAUGUGGAAGUAAAGAGUAAGAAUGUAAGAAAAGCUAGUGGAAGAGCUGCUCCAAAGAAUAGCAGGAAACGGAAGCUGGAUAAUGUCGAAUCAGAACCAUCAUCACCAGUAUCAAUUGAUGAUGACAUAGAGCUUACUGUUGAGGAUCUUGUGAGCAUAGCUGAAGAGUUUGUUAAUGCUGAUAAACAGAAACAAUGUGAACUUGAAACUGUGAAGGCUACCAGACAGAAAGAGCAUCUUCUGUGCCCUACAAUUUCCACUGAGGCAGAUACAGGACAGUCAGUAGUAAAUGAUCGAUCAGUGAAAGGAUUGAUGCAGUGCACAACAGUCACAAGAAAUAUAAGAGCAAUCGAGUAUACAGAAGACGAGAACACUACGCAUCAAGAGGUGGAGUGUCCGUCAAGUAUCAAAACGACAGAAGAUGUUGCACAGGAUAUGAUAAACCUGUUAUUCGGUCAUCUAUUGAGUAAACCUGCUGGCAACACAAAGAAAUCUGAUCCUGUAGAAUCAAUGACUAGAACUAUAAAUCAGGUACCAGAGGAGAAAGGCUGGCAUAGCAAAGUACCAAGGCAGGAGGAAUCUGUGAAGAAAUCAGAGCCUGUAGAAUCAAUGACUACGACUAUAAAUCAUGUGCCAGAGAAGAAAGACUGGCGUAGCGAAUUACCAAAGCUGGGCGAACCUGUGACAAAGAAGAAGAGCAGCCUGAGAGAUAAGGUGGCCUUGUUUAUGUGA